AAACGGUUGAUUAAAGUAAACGUUAUUUAUAUGUAAAGCGUUUUGAAAGCAUUUUUGGGUGAAUUGACAAAACAUUAGUGAAAAACAAGACAUCUUUUGGUAAACAAAACACUAAUUGAGUGUUAAUUGUAUUGACUCGCGAGUGAUUAUCUGUUGGCGAAGACAAUGGCAGUCGGUUUUGAGAUUUGCCAUCAGUUAUACCACAGAGACUUGAAUUCAAGAAACGAUUUGCUUGUCGUUUGUCUUCACUUCCAAUGUCUUCGGCGAGGGUUUGUCUUUGUGGGCGUCGGAGAGACUUUCACCGAAGCGGACGAGUCGGGCGGCGGAGGCUCUGAAAUGCUGCCCAACGGGUGGAACGCAUCCCAAGACACUUAUGUCUUGAGAUAUAUUAAUCCAAAAACUAAACAAAAGCUUUUAGUCAAAGCGGUUAAAGUGUCGGACAUAUUGAUCGCAUCCGCUCUGGUAGUGUCGGCCGAAAACAACGGAACUUCUGUCACACUUCAGACCAAUGAAUAUAUCGCCGAAGACUAUAAGACAUAUAAGAAUGCAUUUGUUUCGGGAAGUGUUGACAAUAUUUUGCAGAAAUUAGAUAAAGAGCUGAUCGAUCCUCUGUUGGCCAGACCAGUGGCGCCGACCCCUGAACCUCCCGCUCGCGAGCGAAUCCCGGAAUACGAUCCGUUGAGAGAGCCGAUGCCCGGCGCCCGACCGAUGCCCGGCUACGGACCCGGUAUUGGUUACGAUCCCAAUUAUGGCGGUGUCGGUCAGUGGCCCCCUCCCUAUGGCGGCGCUGAUUUGGAUCCAUUGGGUAGAGCACAGGGAGGUAUGAUUAUGGAUCCGCGUGCCUUUCCCGGACCCUUUGGUCGUGGGCCGCGUAAUCCGGCCCCCGGUCUGCCUCCCGGGGCUAUUCCUCCCGGCGCUCGCUUUGACCCGUUUGGUCCGCCCGGUGUGGGACCGCACCGCCCGCACCGCAAUCCGAGACAACAGGGGCCAGACCCCGACCACUUGCCUCCCCCGGGAUAUGACGAUAUGUUUAUGUAAUGCAUUGAUUGGAUAACAAACAAACAUUUUGUUAAUCCUAUAAAAAUGAACAAAAAUUGUUAUAUGUUUUGAUAUAAUUAGUGUAUAAAAUGCAAACUUAUCUAAAUGUAAAUUUACACAAUUGUUAGAUAAACAUUACUUUUCAAUAAAUAACAGCCAAUUCUA